GAGGCCGCCGCGCUCGACCCCCAGCAGCGGCUCCUCCUCGACCUGACCUACGGCGCGUUGGUGUCUCGGUCGCCGGACCGGUGCGCGCUCCGCGGCGCGGCCGUGGGCGUCUGCGCGGGCAUGAUGUCCAUCGACGCCGUGCUCGGCGUGCCCGCCGUCGACGUGGGGCCCCACGACCUCACGGGCAACGGCUACGCCGCGGCGGGGAGCCGGCUGAGCUUCCUGCUGGACCUACGGGGCCCGUGCGUCGUCGUCGACACGGCGUGCUCCGGCGCGCUCGUCGCGGCCGCGCUCGCGGCCAAGUUCGUCCGCGACGGCGACGCCGACGCGGAGAUCGCCGGGGGCGUGUCGCUCAUGCUCGCGCCGUCCUUCGUGCACGUGGGCGCGGCGGCCGCGGGCAUGACGUCGCCGAGCGGCGCGUGCCGCGCGUUCGACGCUUCCGCGGACGGCUACUGCCGCGGCGAGGGCUGCUCCGCUUUGCUGCUCGAGCCCGCGGACGAUUCCGGCGCGCCGGCGCCGGCCUGGGCCGCGUCGACGUGCGCGCACAACGGCCAGUCGGCGACGUUCACGGCGCUGAACGCGACGUCGCAGCGGCGCCUCGUCGAGGCGUGCCUCCUGGAGGCCGCGGCCGCGGGGCCCGCGCGGACGCUCGGCGCCGUCGAGGCCCACGGCACGGGCACGCGGCUCGGCGACCCC